AUGCUGCCCAAGGAUGACAAGAAAAAGAAAGACGCUGAGAAGUCGGCCAAGAAAGAGAAAGAUCCAGUGAACAAAUCUGGGGACAAGGCCAAAAAUAAGUGGUUCAAAAGCAAAAUUUGGGAAAAGCUCAAUAACCUAGUCUUGUUUGACAAAGCUGCAUAUGACAAACUCUGUAAGGAAGUUCCCAACUAUAAAAUUAUAACCCCAGCUCUGGUCUCUGAAAGACUGAAGAUUCAUGAUUCCCUGGCCAAGACAGCCCUUCAGGAGCUCCUUAGUAAAGGACUUAUCAUACUAGUUUCAAAGCACAGAGCCCAAGUAAUUUAUACCGGGAAUACCAAAGGUGCAGAUGCCCCAGCUGCUCGUGAAGGUGCAUGA